AACAGCCCGGGCAAGUCUUGAGCCCCGGUUAAUGAAUACAAGCCGUUCCUCGUCCCCUGCUGCUUCAGCAUUAUUAACCGUGUCUCAAACUUCCCGAGCUGCCUAUCUGGACAGCAUUUUCGGCCAUCGUAUGCACGCUCUGAGCCAGCUGCCCUAAAAAACCUGCAAGCCAGCAACUCGCUAGGAUUGAGUCACGGCCAUUUUCUGUUUUCAAACAGCUCAGAAUAGAUCAUUGAAUAGUAGGCAUGACUGAGGCCGAUAUUGCAGUGAAAUUCAACCCGCCCGACUAUAAGAAGCUCACGCGGCUGUACUGUAUGAAUGGAGGAUAUCACCUUCAGAUCCUGGCGGACGGGACAGUGGCUGGAGCUCGAGAGGAAAACAUCUACAGCAUACUGCGCAUAAAAGCAACAAGUCCAGGAGUGGUGGUCAUUGAAGGAACAGAGGCAGGACUUUACCUCUCGAUGAAUGAAGAUGGCAAGCUGUAUGCGUCAGCAUUAGUAACGGAUGAAAGUUAUUUCUUGGAGAAGAUGGAGGAGAACCACUACAACACAUAUCAGUCUCAGAAGUAUGGUGAAAACUGGUAUGUCGGAAUAAAAAAGAAUGGAAAAAUGAAACGAGGCCCAAGGACACACAUUGGACAGAAGGCUAUUUUCUUUCUCCCGCGACAGGUGGCCCAGGCCAAGGACUGAGGCCUGAAACCUGAUCAUAAAUAUAUUUAAUCACAUAGAAUAACCAUAAUCCACUGUCAAGUCACAGGACUACUCUACUAACUACACAUAAAACGCUUCUAUGACAGAAAAGGUGCAUUUGCGCCAUGUCGUAAUUACCGUAAUUAUGAGAUUUCAGCUUGUAAAAAGUGUUCGCGUCGUCGUAGAGCUUGUAAGCUGGGAAUGUUCUGAGAGCUCCUACUUGUAUCAUGUGACCGCUGUACCACCUGUUGACCAAGCUUGCCACAUGAGUCCUGAAAAGUGAAGCCAAAGUGUCUCGAUCGCCCCCAGGUGGCUGGAUGCAGUAUAGGUCAUAAACCCCGCCCUCUCCAUGUAAUGUAAUGGGACGUGAGACAAACUAAAUCAAAUUACAAAGAUGGUUUCUGUCAUUUUAGGCAGCUUUUAAUCACGCUGAUGUAAGUUCAAGUGUUCGUUUGUUAAAUAAGUUUGGUUUUAGUUAGUUAUUUGAUGCUAUAACAACACGGGUUUUCAUGUCAUGAUUGACAGCUGUGAUUGACAGCUUCUCUAAAAGAAAAAGAAGGCAAUGAAGACUUUUUUUUCUGGAUCUUUGGGAGGAGAUUGGAGCUUUAACUUUAAUUUCUACAUUUCCAUAACUGUUUAUUUCACACCGAUAUUUAAGAGUUGUUCUGCAGUAAACUGUACUAACCGAUUCUGCGGGAGUGUGGGCGGGGCCUUGAUACCGCGGCUCCACUUCACGCUCACUACUGCGCAAGAUGUCAGCGCCAUAUUAGCACACUGGCAGUGUGGUGAGAAAUCGAGUCCCACCAGGAAUCGGGUCAGAGAUCGUAUUAUUAUAGGGAGAUGAGAGGGUCUGUAUCUCUUACCAUUGGAGAAAGCGUAACGGCUAACUUAAUCACGUGCGGCACCUUUCAGCCUAUUGUGUCGCCAAUUCAAAACUCCUCCCUGCGUACCGCCAGUUAGCAUUAGCCGUUACGCUUUUUUGGCUAAAGGUUGCAGGCUUGCCUUCCAGUGGCUUUGAUUGGGUCUCCUUUAGGACCCCGAGUGAUCCCAUUGGUUCAACUGACUUUUAAUAGGUAGUAUUUUUAGUGCCUGAUUAUAAUUCCUACAAAAUCACGUUAUGAUUUAUAUCAAUUAAACAGCGUUAUAAUGACCAAUGUCUUUUAAAUUACAUGGGUCAUAUACUAGUAUAUAACUGAAGCUAUAGGUUGUAAAAUCAAGCAUUUCUUGUUCUGUUUUUUUUUAGUUAGCUUAUGUACUAGCAUCUACCCGAUUAGCCUGCUAGCUUAGCUUAGCUUAUAUUAUAAUAGGUAUGUUUUUUGUGUCCAAUACAGUUCCCAAUUACAUUUCAAAUUAAUGAUGUUUGUGUGUACUUAGCAUGACAAUUAAUUUAUUCAAAAGUUAUAAUAGUAAUAUUAUAUACUAUACCACAUUGCUAUUAAUGUGUAAAAUUAAUAUUAAAUUACUUUUACAGAUCAUAGUAUGUUGCAACAAUCCUUAUCCUUAUAUAGAAAAUACAUUUGUAGGCAUGGUUGUGUUUCCAGUUUGUUUUAUAUUUCAUUUUAUAUUUCAAGCAUGUUGUUUGUAAUAAACAUCAUACAAUAGUGAAAUAGGUUAUAAUUAGUCAAGAAAUCACGAUAACAACUUUUGAUCAGGCAUUACUGCCUGGGUCCUAAAGGAGACCCGAUUCCUGGGGGGGGGGGGACGCUUUCUCAUGACACCGGCUUCACUUACUACAAUGGAAGAGUGAAGGUGCGUCGUCCAUCUUUUUUACAGUCUAUGGUGUUGACAGAAGCACAUAAUUCCCACUCCGAACGUCACGUGUUAUCUCAAAAUUACGGUAAUUAUGACAUGGUGUGAACGCAGCAUAAUAUAUAAUAUAUGCAGACAGAAGUUUACUAACUCUUAGAUGUAAACGUCAAAAAUGCACUGACAAAAAAACAAAACAACUACUGUAAUAACUUAUUUUUAUUUUGCUUUUGUGAAUUGAUUCUUUAGUUCUCAAAUUUGCCAUUUCAUGUCAUAUUUAUUCGUAAAUAAGAACUUGUGUCUGAUUGUACUUCUAGUUUUCUUUUUACAAACAACACAGAAAUAGCAGGAUUAUAGUUCAUGUCGUUGAACCUUUCUGGAUCAUGUUAAACACAAUAAAUCUGUGAGCUGUGCUGUGUCGA